CGAACGACAGGGGGCGCUCUAGUGCGCGGCCGGGGCCCCGCAGUCGCAGCGGCUGAGUCGCUCCUCGCUCGACGUCUGAGUCCAAUUACUUUUUGGGUUCGUCACGCACACUCAUCUCACGGCUGCACUACGGUAAAGGGUCCGAGUGAGCGCGCUACCCAGUACGCUGCCCGCUAUCCGACGAGGACCUAACCCGUCGCAGCGUCGCCAUGUCCGCCGAGCAGAAGUCCUUGCACCAGCUUCCAGACGACGUCCUGGUGCUGGUGAUGCAGCACCUCGCCGUGAACGACCUGUUCGCCUGUCGGCUGGUAUGCCAGCGCCUCGCCACUCUCGCCCUGCACCCGGAGGUAUGGCGCCACCGACGGCUCGACGACAAGACCUGCGUGUGCGCGGUGCUGAGCCUGGCGCCCUGCCUGGACAAGGUCGUCUACAGCAAGAAGGCGCACACCACAGCAUUCGCCACGACGAGAUGCGCCGUGAGACAUUUGACACUGCACAUCAAAAAGGGUACUGAAUGUGCUCUGGCCUGCCUGGCGGUGCGCAACCAGGAAGCACUCGGCCGUCUGAGGAACGUGGAACUGGAGGUGUGGUAUUCUUCCGAGGACGUUGCGCCCCUGGACGGUGCUGACGCGUUGUUGAGGACCUUAGUGGAGCGUUCUUCUGCCUUGGAAUCGCUCGACCUGCUAAACGGUCUGCCCGAGCCCUAUGCUAUGCGCCCUGUUCUCCACGGGCCGCUUCGGUCGUCCCUAAGGUACUUUCGAUGCAGCCUCUCAGAAAGAUCUGAAAACUUCGUGAACACCGUGCUGGCCGGGCAUGCGGCUACACUGCAGGAGGUCCACCUCGGCCACGAAUACUGCGAAGAGAGCACCUUCGAGUUGUUGGUCGGCAUGUCCGAACUAAGAGGGCUAACGUGCAAGUUGUUCCCUGGGAUGCAGGCCCUGGCGUCGUGUGAGAUGAUGAGGGACGUGUCCGUAUGUAUGGAUAACGAAUAUACCCCUGAAACUGUCGUGCAGGGGGCCGCCGAAUUCUUUCGACUAGCCGGCCAGCUGCGCACAGUCUACAUCGAAUUUCAGUACGUCGAUGGCGAAGAGGAAGACUUGGAGGACCUAAUGAAAGCCCUUGCCUCGUCUGGAGAGUCCCUCGUGCAUCAGUUAUCCAUCGUCAGCCUCCCAGACGCGCCGACACUGCUCCGCGCGCUGCCCCGGCUGCCCGCCCUCCGGGUGCUGGGCAUGUUGAACUCGCCGCUGAUCGAUCCCAUGGACGACGGUCGCAUGGACGAGCUCCUGCUGGGCAUCACGCCCGCCACGGCGCCGAGCCUGCGCCGUCUCGAGCUGUCGACGUUUGAUUUAACCGGCUGCCUCCAUGAGUGGCUGCACCGGGACGCGGUGGGGCAGGUCCUCACCGCUAACCCCUCGCUGCACGUGCACGUGUGGGGCACCCACGGCUGCAGACGCUGGGUUGCUUGCGAGGCGUGCGCGAUGGGCUGCCACCGAGAAGUGACCGCGAACUACAACGACAACGGACGCCGGAUCGGCUUCUUCUCGCACGGCCCUGGGACGUGCAUGCAUCCAGAGGACCACGACGUUACCAGCGGCAAGUGGACCUGGGUACACAUUCGCUGCAAUUCUGGCUGAUUACUGUUGAAUACAGGACGUAAUAGAAUAUUUUUCAUAAUGUUG